GGUGAUGACGUAGGUGCUCGCGGAGAAGAGCCGGGCUGAUGAUUGGCAGAAAACUGCAGCAGAAGGAUGACUUUGUAUAGAGCCCGAGAAGAGGAGUUGGAAAGACGACACAAAAUUCUACUUGAUAAAAAGAAUAUACUGACUGAAGAGAUGAAGAUUUAUGGCGAGCAGAUUGGAAAGGACAGCCAAGCAUCAGAGGCAGCACAUAGGAGGAAUCAGAUUCUUCUGCAAGAUUUUCAAACAUCAGUGAAAAAUCUAAAACGAGGAUUACAAGUUGGUCCUGAUCCCUCGCUGGCUAAGCUAGAGAACCAGUACUGGGCAUCAGUGGAAGAAGAGCUUCCGAAGUGGGAGCUGUUUCUACUGGGAAAAGCUCAACAUCCUUUUGGUGUAAAACAAAACUACAAUUCAAAGACAAAGCUGAGACUUUCCCAGACCAUGGAGGCUCCGAAGAAAAAGAGUCUUCCUCCUUCUGGCUUCAGUUCAAACACCUUCCCAAAGGUUGUCUGAGCUAGGGACAUGAAUUG